UUCAAAACUUGAACUCUAUUGGUCGUAACGUAGAAUGUGAAUGCCUUUGGGCGGAUAGAUGAGUGAAGAAAUAGAAUGAAAGAUGUGACGAGGACUAGAACGAGGUGUGCAGUACUAGGGUUGUUUUUCAACUUCCUAGUUUGUUCUUGCAUCAGCUUGUUCCUCCAUUUUUUAACAAGCCUUCACCUUUUUGUCCACUCAGCUACUGGCACUGAUGCAUCUGCAAUUAUUUCACCACAAAAGCAUGGCUCCACGACCACGAGGCAUCUGCUGAUCAAAGUCGGCGGAGAGGGUGACAUCGUCUCACAAACCACGCAGCUACCAGAUGAAGAAGAGCCAAGAAGUGCCCAACAGCUGAUUUCUCGCUUCGACACACGCGAAAGUCUACGCGUGAUUGUAGACCCAUUUUUCAGGCCAGUGCAAUCUACGGCUAAUGGAGCGACCGCCAGCAGAGACGGGAACAGCAGCGAAAUCUUUCAUAGAGUCGAUUCUCGCACCGCUAUUUUCUCCGGAUUGCUAAGACAGCGGAAUUGGCCUGCACGCCUCGUAUUUCUACAGCACGCCUUCUCCCAAUGUUCGGGUCUGGUGUUGCCAAGUGGUGGUGCUUGUCAUGCUUAUGGUUCUUUUCAAGAAAGAGAACCUCAAGAAAGAGCACCUGAGCAGCUUUUGGAGAGCAGUCGCGCGUGGGCUUUUGCAGAUUUGGAAAAACGUAGGCAAGAACGUUUAUUGGGCCUACAAAGUGCUGAUCCAGAACUCAAUAGAACCUCCGUUGUAGCCUUCCCAUUGCCCCGUCACGUCACUAGCUCAUUGCCUUUCUGUUCGCCAGAAGAAUACGCCCAAUUCGUUCGAAAAUGGUAUGACGUUUGUGAAACUCUAGGGAAGCAACUCAUCAAACAGGAAAAUAAAAUCCUGUCUCGUCAUCCCAGUUUGCGAUUUCUUGGGCUACAACGAAACUCCAAUUAUUAUCGAACACAUUUUCGAUGUCAGGACCCGAGGAACAUCGAUUCUGUGCGUAUGAUAAGAGAUGUGAGCGAUGCCAAUAAACCUGGCCAAAACUACAGUCUUGCUCGUAGUGCUCCUCUACUUUCCAUGAAUAUAGAUGAGUUUUUGCAGGACGAAGUGCCGAAACUGCUGUUACGAGAUGACGUCUUUGAGCCUGCUGUGGAUGACGAUGGUUCAUCUCCAACGCGAAAAAGAACUUCUACAAGUAUAAUAUUUUUAACCCUCGAAACGGACAUACAGGGUUUGGAUGUGGAUUUAGUGCAUUCUCUUGGAGACACGGGGUUUUUGGCUGCGAAAGGAUGGCAGGCGAAGAUGCAGGCAGGUCAUGGAUCGGGACAAACGGAAGAAACUUCUGUCUUUCGAAUAGACCGCAUAGUUCUGGAAUGUCAAUUUGGCGGUGGCAUUUCGGAGUUGGAGGAGUUUAUGAAGACGCUUAACAGCUCUUCUACAUCCGAGGUCACUACGUCCAGGCAUGAUCGAGGUAGCUAUUGGCUCUACAGCAACUCUUUUGUUGUCCACGAAGAUAACCAGAGCGCCACUUCUUCUGAAGGAGCAACGAAAUACCGCGAAGGGAUCUUGACGAGCAUGAAGCGGAAAAGCGAGCCAAGUGUACUUCCAAAUAGUUGUUCAGAAGUGACUCAAUACUUGCGAAAACAUGGAUUUUGUCUAGAGCAGUCAAAUGACUUUUCGCCGACUGGCCUCAGCUGUAUCAAUCUUGAGACCAAUCUGGUCUUUGAAAGGUGUGCUUGAUAGUCG